GCAAAACCCAGUCGGUGUGUUCCCAAGCGUGAGUUGAAGUUCAGUCAUGCCGCAGACCAUAUUAAGAAAUCACAUGAUAUCGUUCAUGUCACCCCACCGUGAAAAAUAGACCACAACACCGCCUACCAAAGGGCUGUUAGGCUCGAUUCUUCACGGCUGACGCCACAUACAUAAACUAUAUCGCUGUCUCGGUUAGUUAAAAUGAUUAUUCCGACAACUUCUGGUUCUGACAUUUUGUGGAAACUGAACUGCGCGUACAUCCUAGUGGGGUGUCUGCUACCUGUUGUAGACACUCACAACAUUAACUGUAAGGUGAUCCAACAUCCUAACUAUACAACGACCUAUGACCUCCAUGAACUACCUGAAUCUCCGCCUUYGGCCAAUUGYGAGACCCAGUGGUUGGAUGAAAACAUGACUGUUCUUGCCAAUGACAAAGAGAUGGACGAAAACCGUACUUUGGCUCGGACCAGUCACUCCAUCACUAUCUUAGGCUGCCUGGACAGACUGACCUACUCAGUGGACUGCACACAGGCUGUGGCACAUUUUUGGGAGGUGCAGUGCCUCACUAACUGCAGUCAUGGACCUUACAAACCUGCYACCAAUCUCCACAGUAAUGACCAUGUCCCCAUCAAUCAAGGUGUCGCCCUUCCAAUGGUGUCGCAGAACUGACGCCAACAGGACCUCUUUGCCUGACGUAUAGUUCUUCUCACCAGGGCCUGGGCCUGCUUAUACUGAAUCAGAUGUUGGAAGGUAUGUGUCCUUUUCAGUACUCUAAAUGCCCUGUUCCUACUCCUCACCAUUGCCCCACACUCCUCCGUCCACCAUGGGACUGCUUUCCUCCUCCCUGAACUCUUAGGUAUAGCCUCAGUAGCUGCCCUCACUAACGCUGUUCUCACCCAGUUAUUUAUACUAUUCACAUUCCCUCUCAUAUCCACCCGAUCCAUCACCUGCUCACUCAGCUCCUGAAACUGACCCCACUUUGCCCUUCCAAACAACCACCUGCCUACUCCAUCCACUGACACCUCCUCUUCCAGCACUUCCAGGUCCACCUCCACCAUCACAUAUUCCUGUUCAAUGCCUUUGCCUAGCAUCCUUUAAGGAUGUCCUUGCUUUAUGAAGGU